ACUACAUCCACCCCGUUUGGUAGGAGGAGUAGCAAUGUUUACAAGGAGGUCCCAAGAAACUCAGGUCAUGAAUCUGGCACCGAGCGCUCCUCUCCGGCCGUGUGCCGCGGGCGGGUCUGCGGCCGCCCGUGCCAGCAGCCCUCCGGCACCGCCGCCGCCCUGCCCGCCGCUCCCCCGCAGUUGCCGAAGUAAAAGAAACCUCUAUCCUCCCCAUGCUAGCUGUUGACAUGGAAAACAAGGAAAAUGGCUCUCUGGAUGUCAAAAAUUCAGUAGAGAAUGGGAGACCUCCAGAUCCUGCUGACUGGGCUGUUAUCGAUGUUGUGAAUUAUUUCAGAACAGCUGGAUUUGAAGAACAAGCCAAUGCUUUUCAAGAACAGGAAAUUGAUGGCAAAUCAUUACUGUUGAUGACAAGAAAUGAUGUACUGACUGGACUUUCAUUAAAACUGGGGCCUGCGCUGAAAAUCUAUGAAUAUCACGUAAAACCUCUACAGACACAACAUCUAAAGAACAACUCUUUAUAGCGAAUUGUCUAAUUGGGGUCAUGUUGUGCCUCAAACAAUAAAUAAGCAAUUUGGUUUCAUGUGAUGGAACUUUGUAAAGAGAGAAUAUAUCUUUUAAGAAUUUAAACCAAAUUACGAUAUAUAUCCUAUUGGAUAGAGUUGGCAAUAUACUAUAUACUGAGUCUGAACUGAGAGAGGUGGUGUGUAUUUUUUACAUAGUACAUAAUGAUUUUCUCUUUUAGGAAGUGUCAGUGAGCACGUUGAGAUAGCUACAUCACUGUAUCCAGAACAAAAGAGAGGUAUGUCAUUCUCAUUUUUGAGCCAGACAUGUUCUUGAUUUCAUGAAUUAAAAUACCAAAAAACCCCCCAAAACCCAAAUAAAGUUUACAUGCAUCUUUGGGAGAGAGAAACCAAUUAAAGUAAGUUUUGGUUUACACUAAAGACCUACUAAAAUUAUUGCUCCUUAUAAUUUUAGGAUGGGACUGACACUUGCCAACUCACCCUUUUUUGCAGAGGGUCCUAUUUUGACCUUAUUAAGGUUUACUCAUGGUAUGCUGCAAUGUUUAAAGCUGUACAUACAAUUAACAUAACCCCUUCGAUAGCAGAAGGCGUUGCUGACAGGUGAAACUGGGUUGUGUAUUUUUUGCUGUCCUUUAAAUUUGCAGCUUGUUUUCACCUAUUUUUAAUAGUAGUUCUAUGUAAAGUAUAGUUGGUUUUUAAAAGUUUGUGUUGCUUUGCAAAACAAAAAAGCUUCAUUUUAUUCCUUUUUUAAUUUAUGAUAACUUGUUUUUUAACAUUAUGCAGAAAUUUGUAAAAAGAGUAAAAUUCUGCACAUUUUUAAUAUUGUCUGUCAUUGGUGUUGUAAUGGUUGAUUUUUUUUUUAAUGGUUUACUUAACAAUUUGAAUACUUGUUUUAAAAACUGAAAGAAGCUGUCUCAUCAUCAUACAUCUCUGUUAAAAGAGAGUGUUGUUCAAUCUGUUUGUACCAGUUCCCUAUUUGAUAAGUUGCUUGCUAUAUCCCAAUAAAGCAUUGCUUAUGUUUGGAUUCAGUUUACUUUACAGAUCUUUUACUUUCUCUGUUUCUUUGUUGUAGUAUAUUGGAGCUCCUGUUUUUCUCCAU